AUGGCCACCGCCACCCCCAUCCCAGGAAACGGCAGCCGCCGCCGUGGACUGAACCCUCAGGCUGCCUCCUUCUUCCCCCAGUCCAUCACAAACCCUAACCCUAACCCUCUCCAUCACUACUUCUCUCCUCUUCCUCCCCAAUUCAUCCCCACUCCCGCAGCGAUGCCACCGCCGGUUCCACCACACGCCGCCAACUACUUCCCGCACAACCCGCCGUACCCCCGGGAGUCUCCUCCUCAUCGUAUUCCCCGUCCUCCUCCCACUGGCCACCCGGUGCAGCAGGAGACGUUACCUGCUGCCGCAGCCAGUUUCGGCCGUGGCAGCAGCUACCGCCCCAGAGGUAGAGGGCUCAGAGCUGCUCGUGGCUGGAGCAGCUCGCGCUGCGGCAAAGGCCGGGGAGCAUGGAGUUGGAUACCCCCCCGGAGAUGGGCCUUUUGGACGCGCCGUGAUGAUGACAGUUUCGAUAACGGAAGCUCUGGUAUUGGAGAGGUUGAGGGGACGUCAGCGUCAAAUACAAGUCCGACCCCAAGACAGUCGAAGUCAUAUGAUCGGGUGGUGAUAGCCCGCCCCCGCCAUGAGCCGAUCAAUCGGCGGAAGAAGCCGGUCGUGACACUCAGUCCGGGCGGUGCAGAAUCCACCGUAAUGAUGCGCAACAUCCCCAACAAGUACACUCGGGAGCUUCUCGUUGAAUUCCUCGACAGUCACUGUGCUGCGGAGAACCAAAAGCUUGAAGUGUCCGGUGACACCGACGACGAGAGGUCGGCCUAUGAUUUCGUUUACUUGCCCUUUGAUCUAAGAAGGAAAGCAAACUUUGGAUAUGCGUUUGUGAACUUCACGAACCCGAGGGCUGCAUGGAAGUUCUUUUUGGCUUUCAAUUCUCAUAAGUGGGAUUGUUUUGGCUCGAAAAAAGUUUUGGAGGUUGCAUUGGCAAGGUUCCAGGGCAAGGAACAACUCCUGCACCACUUUUCUAAGACUAUGUUUGCCUGCGAGUCCAAGGAUUUCUUGCCGAUGGAACCAAUGGCUAGUGGGGUGGAGCUUGCCACCCGGAAGGAGCAACGUCUGGCGAUGUCUGGGUUGUGA